UCCAGAAGAAGAAGAAGAAGAAGAAGGAUUCAUAACAAUGGUCAAAAAGAAUCGUGGAGAAGAAGAUGAUGGAUAUAUGAUACGGAGGAUGAGGAUGAUGAUGAUGACGACUCCAUUUUGAACUCUCCUUUGUCUUCUAACUAACGCCCCUCUCUCUUUUUAUUAUAGCUCAUAUCUUCAAUCCAAUCCAAUCCAAUCCAAAUAAUGGGAGAAGGCUUGGUGACGAUUGUUCUGACAGGGAAGAUAUUAAUGGUGGCUUCAAUUCUCCUCUUUUUGGUCGUCAUCUUCAUAUUGUUUCUCCAUUUAUACGCCAAAUGGUUCUGGUAUCGCCAAGAACCAGAAUCCUCCGGCGGCGGAACAACAACCGCGCGUCGUCGGCAUCGGCGUCGGCGGUUAGACUUCUCGCCAGGACAUAUUGAAUGGUCGGGUCGCCGUGAGAAACAUGCGAUAGACCCCUUGGUUCUGAAAUCACUUCCGAUUGUAGCGUACGAUGAUGAUGAUGCGAAGGAGGAGGAGUUGAAUGAGUGCGCCGUUUGUCUGUCCGAUUUCGUGGACGGAGAGAAGUUGAGGUUGUUGCCUAAAUGCAGCCAUGGAUUCCAUGUUGAAUGUAUCGACAUGUGGUUCCAUUCGCAUUCUACUUGCCCUCUCUGUAGGACCACCGCCGUGGCGGUGUCUUCUUCUUCUUCUUCUUCACCACUUCCACCGUCGUCGUCGUCGUCGGCAAUGGAGAUGGAGAUGGUUGCGAUUGAUGUAAGAGAGUGAUCAAUUUCAUUGUAUUUUCUUCUUCAUUCUUUCAACAAUACUAUUAUUAUUAAGGAUCAAUCGAUCGUAAGUAAGUAAGUAACGAGAAAGAAAGAAAGAAAGAAAGAAAGAACAAACGAACUGAACUAGGGCAGGCAGGGGAUGCGAAA